AUGCAGGCGUGCGGGGGCGGCGCGGCCGGCCGCCGGGCCUUCGACAGCAUCUGCCCCAACAGGAUGCUGGCGCUGCCUGGCCGGGCGCUGCUCUGCAAGACCGGGAAGCCGGAAAGGAAGUUCGCUCCUCCGCGGAAGUUCUUCCCGGGAUGCACAGGCGGGAGCCCGGUGUCCGUGUACGAGGAUCCCCCAGACGCCGGGCCCACUGCGCUGCCAGCCCUCACCACCAUAGACCUGCAGGACCUCGCGGACUGCUCUUCGCUACUCGGGUCCGACGCGCCGCCUGGUGGUGACCUAGCCGCAUCGCAGAACCAUUCCCUCCAAACGGAAGCGGACUUCGAUCUGCGGGAUUUCAGAGACACAGUGGAUGAUCUCAUUGCAGAUUCAUCCUCUAUGAUGUCACCUACCCUGGCCAGCGGAGACUUCCCCUUCUCUCCUUGCGACAUAUCACCAUUCGGGCCCUGCCUCUCCCCGCCACUGGACCCACGGGCCUUGCAGUCACCACCGCUGCACCCUCCAGACGUGCCCCUGCCUGAGCAGUACUGGAAGGAGGUGGCAGACCAGAACCAGAGAGCACUGGGAGACGCGCUUGUUGAGAACAAUCAACUGCACGUGACGCUGACCCAGAAACAGGAGGAGAUCGCCUCGCUCAAGGAGCGGAAUGUGCAGCUGAAGGAACUCGCUAGCCGAACCCGGCACCUGGCCUCGGUGCUGGAUAAGCUGAUGAUCACACAGUCCCGGGAUUGUGAGGCGGCGGCUGAGCCCUUCCUGCUUAAGGCGAAGGCCAAAAGAAGCCUGGAGGAGCUGGUCAGCGCCGCGGGGGAGGAUUGCGCGGAAGUGGAUGCCAUCCUGAGGGAGAUUUCCGAGCGCUGCGAUGAAGCCCUGCACAGCCGUGAUCCCAAGCGGCCCCGACUGCAGCCAGAGUCCGUGAACAUGGACAGCAGGCCUGGGAACCUGCACGGCGCUUUCCGGGGGCUGCGCACCGACUGCAGCCGGAGCACGUUGAACCUGAGCCACAGUGAGCUGGAGGAGGGCGGCUCCUUCAGUACCCCCAUCCGCAGCCACAGCACCAUCCGAACCCUCGCCUUCCCCCAGGGCAAUGCCUUCACCAUCAGAACAGCCAACGGGGGUUACAAGUUUCGCUGGGUCCCCAGUUGA